ACUCCACCUUUCUGUCUCCUCUGAUGUCUUUCAACAUUAUUAUGUACACUUGUGUGUGUUCACAACCAACAGGAGGAUGUUUCCGACGUUCCAGGUGCAAAUCUCUGGGAUGGAUCCCGCUGCUGAAUAUGUCCUGCUCAUGGACUUCAUCCCUGUUGAUGACAAAAGAUACAGAUAUGCAUUCCACAGCUCGUCUUGGUUGAUGGCAGGGCGAGCAGAUGUUGUAGCCCCGAGCAGGAUGCACUUCCACCCAGACUCACCUGCCUGUGGCGCCCAGUGGAUGAAGCAGACUGUAUCCUUCGACACGCUAAAGCUCACCAACAACCUGGUGGAUGACAAUGGACACAUGAUACUGAACUCCAUGCAUCGCUACCAGCCACGCUUCCAUGUGGUGUACGUGGAUCCGUCUCCCAACAGUCACUUGAACGCAUACAGGAACUUCUGCUCCUUUUCCUUCCUGGAGACCCGCUUUAUGGCCGUCACUGCCUACCAGAACCACCGGAUCACCCAGCUCAAAAUUGCUAGCAACCCGUUUGCUAAAGGCUUCAGGACUACAGAGCCCCAGGACAGGGUAGGUAAGUCCGGACAUCUAGCAGUGUGGUGUCCACCAGAGGGCAGAGCUGAGCUGCUCAUCGCCAAACCUGGAGAGCAGAAAAGCUGGGGCACAAAGACUUCAAGCAGACAGGAGGACCCAGCUGCGCCAGUGGACCACUGUGGACUGUUCCACCACUGUAAAGACUCUCUGGGACUCAACAUGGAGAUGGAGGAUGGCCAAAGCAUAUUAGCACCUGCUUCCUUACCCUUUGCUCCCUCCUACUGGGACUGUCCAGGAUCCUCUCAAGAGAGAGGCAGUCUGCCAUAGCUUUGUAUUCAUUUUGAACUACCACACAUUAGAUAUGAUACAACUUUGUUAUUAUUCUAUAAUAAAUGAAUAUAUACAUAGUUUGUCAUCACAUUUACAAUAUGAAUGCAAAGGGAUACUAUGUAUCAAACAAAUGUUCCAUCAAAAGAAUAAUGUCUAUUUCAACUGUGCAACCAUAUGUAAUAAUACAGCAGAGACAAAAACAAACAAAAAAAAAAACAAAAACAAAAAAACAUGAAAUACUUGUACACACUGCCGUCAUUCCCAUUAGCAAUAUCAAAAUCAUAUGGUAAUUUCUUGUUUUGACAUUUGUGCAACUGCAAUGCAACCGCUUGUCGGCUAAUAAAAUGACACUCUGAAAUUUUGGUCUUUGAUUUUCCGACCUUUUAGACAUUGAUGGCGUGCAGCUGUCCUGAAUGAGAAAUAAGGUAGCAAUGCCACGAAAUGUACAGAAGUGAUACGGGAGUAGAAACCCCCGUGAUCCCCCCUGAAAUCACAGCGAAAACUCAAUUACCCAGAAUGCAGAUCGUCGUUUACUGAAGAAUCGGUCACCAUGACAUGCCAACGCUUUCAAACUAAAAGACGUCAUGGAAAACGAACAAUAUACAGCAAGGCGUGCAUAGGUUGUAUUAAAGGCAUGCGUGAUGUUUUUCUGAUGUAACAUGUCCCAUUCUAUUGCACGAUAUAUUUGCUGAGG